AGAAUGGUACAAAGUCAACAACAAAAACAAAAAUCACUUGUUGGGGAACAGCCCAACACCAACAAUAGCGAAACAGCGCCUUUAGGCGAAGAUAAAUAUCAACAAUCCAAAACACAAAUAAAACAACCACUAACUUGUAUUAAUGAAAAUAUCCCUCAAAAGGAAAUUACAACAACACAGAGACCCGAAACAAUAAAAGUUGGGUUUUAUGAGGUUGGCCGAACUAUCGGAAAAGGCAAUUAUGCAGUUGUUAAACUAGCAAAACACAGAAUAACCAAAACAGAGGUAGCAAUAAAAAUUGUUGAUAAACGCCGUCUUGAUGCAAAUAAUUUAGCCAAAAUAUAUCGAGAGAUUGAGGUGCUUAAAAGGUUGAGACAUCCACAUAUUGUUAGGCUUUAUCAAGUAAUGGAGACAAAUAAUAUGCUUUAUUUGGUAACUGAAUAUGCCCCAAAUGGUGAAAUAUUUGAUUUAAUAUCAAAACAGCACAGAUUAACUGAAGAAAAUGCUAGGGAAAAAUUUUGGCAGGCAAAUAAAUGAUAUUAAAAAAUUAUUUAAAAAAUAUUUUAUAGAUAAUAUCAGCUGUUGAUUAUUUACAUAAUAUUAAUAUUGUUCAUAGAGAUCUUAAGGCAGAGAAUUUAUUGCUUGAUUCGACUUUCCAAAUUAAAUUGGCGGAUUUUGGCUUUUCAAAUUUUUUCUCUCGAA